AAUAUUAUGAACAAUAUUCAUUACAUCCUUUUAAACAACAAAAUAUACGUAAAAAUAAUUUCCUUAAACAAGAGCAAGCUGGAGUGUUGAGAAAAAUUGUUCGAAAACGAACUACUAAUAAAAUCACCAGAAUUGUUUUAGUAGCUCUGGGAUUUGGUGAACUUUUCUAUUUGAGAAGUAUUUUAAUGCAUCGCGCAAUUCGAACAUGGGAUGAAAUCAAAAUAUUCAAUAAUAUUACAUAUUUAACUAACCAGGAAACUGUAUGA